AUGAAAUCAAAUUCAGAUUAAUUGGAUAAAUUUCACGAGGACAUUUGCAAGUGGGAUAUUCACACAGAUAUUCUAAAUCACAAAGAUGCCUUUAUUAUCAAAAGUGCCUAUUACUCAUCUGAUGAUUACAUAGCUACUCAGAGAAAUCAAUUAUACAAUGAUCUUAAGACUACUCUCCAGAAGAAUUUAUAGAGAUAAUUAGGUGCAAUAAUGAGCCCUGAUAAACAUGUAUUUUAGCUCAAGCACUGUGAGAUGGUUAAGAAAUUCGUUGUAUUCGAAUUGAAUCAGGUAACUCAGUAAAAAAAAGCUGGAAUAUCGGUAUUCAACCAAAAUGAUGUAGUAGUUAUAUUUAGACAGGACAUUCAUUAACUUGAAAAGCAUAAUCUAAUUGGUGUUGUAGAUAGCUCAGUGGAAGGUCUUGUCUUAUUGAAAUCUAUCAUCAAGAUGGAAGAACCAGAUGAAAGGUCUUUCAAUAUGGGUAAAUCUUUAACUCAAGAUAGUUUUUGGAUCAUUGAAAAGAUAGGCAGUGUUAUCAAUUACAACAAAUCUUAUCUUGCUUUGUAGACUUAUUAGGAUAUAGAUAUGCAGGAAAACUUAAAUGACCCUAUUAAUGAUAUCAUACAUAGUAACAAUUUUUACUCGCUUAGUAAACAAUAAGAGAGACUACUAUAUGAUCAAUUUAACUAUACACUUCCUUAAAUGCAAGCCAUUACUUAGUCUCUUAAGAAAAAAGGUGUAAGCAUUAUUGAUGGAGAAUAUUUAUCUGGAAAAACAACUAUAGCGGUUGGGUUGAUUUAAGCUCUUAAUAUUAUCUUAGAGUAAGUUAGAAUAGAAAGAGAAUUAGAGAAACAGUAAAAAUAGGUUAAAACUUAUUCUAUUUAAGAACUCCUCGACAAUGAAUCGUCUGAAGAUGAAUACUACUCUGAUAAAAGCAAAUCUCAAGUAUCGUUUCCCUGGUUCUAAAAAGGCUAUAAGCAUAUUUAUGAUGAACUAGAUUAUACCAACCAAUAGAGUGUUGCGAUGAAAGAGUAAUACCCAACCUCUGACUUCACCGAUAAAAAGAUAUUACUAAAGGCUAAAGAAAAAGAUCAAACCAAACCACCAGAGAGGAUUGUACUCCUAUCACCUAAUUCACUGACAGUUGAUAAGCAUUUAUCGAUUAUACAGUAAUUAGGACUUGAUAAAACUAUGAAUAUAAUUAGGAUUGGUCAUUCAAAUCAUGAUGAAUCCUUAAAUAAAAAGUUUUCAAUAGAGUAUCUUAGUGGAGCUAACAUGAAAAAGACAUAAAAGGAUGAAGCAUUAGAUUAAGUUAAGGAGGACUUACUAAGAUAAUCAUAAGUUGUCCUAAUGGCAAUUCAUUCACUUAAUCAAUAGAUGAUUGAGAGGACUAUAACUAAGCAAGACACAGUGAUUGUAGAUGAUGCAAGUAUAAUUAAUGAAAUGGACAUUCUUCAGGCCUUAAAGAGAGGAGCUAUAAGAUUGAUUCUUAUAGGAAACCACAAAUUACAAUCCAACAUGUUUUAGCUUAACGCUAAAAGUGGAGAUAGGACCUUAUACUAGAGGAUCUUCUAGGGAAUGCAAAAUUUGAAUUUGCAAAAUACAAUUUAGACUCUACCUAAAUUUGAAAAAUAAGUUUAACUUGUUUAAGCCGUAAAAACAUAGCCCAAAGCCAAAAAGGGUAAAAAAGCUGAGGAGACUGUGAGAGUGUAGCAAGGCAAAGAGAUUGAGAUAGAAUUUAUUGAUUUAACCAAUGGAGAAGAAAAAGACUAAAAGGAGUCUUAUAUAAAUGAGGACGAGGCAUAAUCAAUAGCUGAUUAUCUAGUGAUGGCUUAUAAGAGCUUAGAUUUAAAUGACUUAGCAAUAACUACACCAUUCAGAACUUAGAUGCAUAUGAUUAGAAGUGUAUUUUAAAGCAGAGAAGAUUUCCCUGAAGAAUUGAAAGCUUUUGCUUAGUUUGGGUCAUUUGACGAGUAUGUGAGUCAGACUUAUAAGACUUUGAUAAUUUCUGUUUGCAAGACAAAAAAUAUUGCCAAGAAUGGGGGACCGCUUUUGAAUAGUCAGCUUAAUGUCGAUUUUCUUAAAACCAGAGCUGUUGAAAAGAUUAUUGUAUUUGGAAGAGCAAAAUCAUUGAACGCAUUGUGGAGAAAUGAGUUCUUUGAAAUUGCAAAAUCUCAAGAAAAGGUAACUGAAUUAUGA